CAAACGGUUGCGUGAUGCAAUGCCCAGAGAUCUGUGCUUCGACACACUGGUGGUAUCCCAGGAGGUGUGCAGAAGUAAAGUUUAUCCUAUAUCAAGAACCCUGAUAAACACAGAAGAAAACUUCCUUUGCAGGAAUGAGCGGCUUCUCCUCUGACCCGCUGUUGACUCUAAAGUCCCAUUCACUUUAAUGGGACAGUUGGUGAUGCGGCAGUGACACAACAAGGUGAAGGACGUGGCGGGUAGCAGGUGAGUGGAUGCCCGCUAACAGAUACUGCCAUGAUGGAUCUGAAAUGACAGGUAUUCUUUAAAUGUUUUACCAUACCUGCAAGCUCCCUGGAAGAAUUAUGGGUAUCCGGCUACUCCACUUUUCUUCUAUAGUGAUUUUUUUGCUGCUUCUGGUGGCAGGUGCAUUAACAGCUUUACUACCUAAUAUUAAGGAAGAUAAAAUGCUCACUCUGCGAAGGGAGAGAAAAUCCCAAAGCCAGCUGGCUUCAGAUUCAUUUACUCUUAUUAUGCAGACAUACAAUAGAACAGACUUACUCUUGAAGCUUUUAAAUCACUAUCAAGCCAUGCCUCAUCUGCAAAAAGUGAUCGUUGUGUGGAAUAAUGUUGGGGAGAAAGCACCUGAAGAAACAUGGAAUACUUUGGGACCUCAUCCUGUCCCUGUCAUCUUCAAAGUGCAAACAGUAAAUCACAUGAGGAAUAGACUUCAGGUUUUCCCAGAGCUGGAAACAAAAGCUGUUUUGAUGAUGGAUGAUGAUACCCUAGUUAGCGCCUAUGACCUAGUUUUCGCUUUCUCCAUUUGGCAGCAAUUUCCAGAUCAGAUUGUUGGAUUUGUUCCCAGAAAGCACAUCCCCAGCCCUGCGGGGAUUUUCAGCUAUGGGAGCUUUGAACUACAGGGUCCUGUCAUCGGCAAUGGAGACCAGUAUUCAAUGAUCCUAAUAGGAGCUGCCUUCUUCAGCAGCACAUAUCUAGAACUUUUUCAAAAGCAGCCUGAAGCUGUGCACGCCAUGAUCGAUGAAACUCAAAAUUGUGACGAUAUCGCCAUGAAUUUCUUGGUAGCCAAGCACACUGGAAAGCCAUCGGGUAUGUUUGUGAAGCCAGUGGACAUCAGGAAUUUAGAAAAAGAAAGCAACAGUGGUUAUUCUGGAAUGUGGCACCGGGCAGAACACUUGCUACAAAGGUCCUACUGCCUUAAUAAAUUGGCUAGCAUCUAUGGCAACAUGCCUUUAAAAUAUUCUAAUAUUAUGAUUUCCCAGUUUGGUUUUCCAAACUAUGCUAAUCACAAGAAUAAAGUAUAAGAAUGUGCUCCAGUAAAUGCUUCAAUGUGCUUCCCGGCAAUUCAAAUAAUAUAUCAAGUAGGGAAUUCUGUAAAAUCUGUAGGGUUAAACAUUAUUUGGAACUAAUUUCUGCGAGAGCUCUUUGGGGGUGUAAAGUCUGGGUGAAACAUUCCAUCUCUUGUACUCAGCAUGUGAAAGCUUUUUUCGUUUGCUAUUUAUCCCCAUUUCAGGUAACCUCCUCCCACCCCAAACACUUGAAUGCAGAUUGUCCCAGAAAGCUAUGUGCAUUCACAUCAUCGAAGUUGCAAAUAUACAGUUAUCUCCAGCCACAAUGUGUAAGCCAACAACCAUUUUUCAUUUUCAGCCUGCCCGUUCAAAUAUGCCAGUAAAAGGAAGCAAAGAAUAAAUUCUCCAUAAAAUUGUAGCAUUUUUUUCUUCUUCUGUACAAUGAGGCUAUACUUGAUUUAUAUAGCAGAUAUUACUCCAGUGAUACUCAAUAGUUCCACCUUCAGAAAUAAUGAAAUAUUUUCUGUGGAAUAACUUGCAAUAACAUUUUCUUCCCCUAUCCACAGCAAAAUAAUAUUUUAAAAAAGCACAUUGUGAAAUAUUUGACACAAAUACAUUAUCUUGAUCUUGAGACAUAGGAAGAUUGCCCUCAUCUUCCUCUAUAAUCUUUAAUAAAAAUUGUGUUAAUUUUGAAAGCAGUGCUAUUUUAUGUCUUAAGCCAAGAGCUAAAUAAUUUGCAGUGGUUUUUUUUAAUAUAAUGAUAAAAUGUUUCUGAACUGAUACAACUUACAAUAUCUACAGUAUGUGAAUAUUCAAUCUGAAUUUUUUCUAUAUCUUUAAAAUAAUAUAACAGUUUAAUUCCUUGCCUAUCGGUAAAAGCUAAUAAAGGAUAGUUACAAGAUUGGGAAACUUUUCCAUGCAAAUCUUAAUUCAAGACACAGAGAAUACAGCACUUUUGACAGAUAUAGUAAAAUUUGGAAAGGUCCUAGUAUUUCAAGUAGCUGCCUUCUCUGUGAACUACAUAUUUGUAUGUUCAAGAACAGCAAUUGUGUUUUCAACUGUACAUGUUCCAUAGAGACAAAGUCUGAGAUCCAGAUAUCCUAUAUAAUUCAUUUUUUUUUUUUUUUUGCUUUUCAAAGAAUCAACCCUCCUGCAUCCAAAGCUGUUAAAUCCAUAUUUUAACAUCCAACUUGUAUAUACUGAAUAUUUGCCACUACCAAAAGAAUCCCCUAUUUUAUCUGUGCAAUAUUUUGAUCAGAUUAAAAAGAUUAAGCGUAGAUUACUAUACAAAAGCUGCAGCCAACAUCUGCAACAGAGAUCUGGGGCAGCUCACAGUAUGUUGGCAGAACAUAGAGGCGAAAGUAAGAAAUUGUAUCUAAGAUUACUCACCCUACAAUCAAUCUGAGUUCAAUUGCAUUGUUUUUAUUUGAAUGCACAUUUUUUUCAGGCUCAUGUAUCUGAAACUGGUGGCUUAUUGCUGCUUUCAAAAAAAAUUAAUAUUAGUAUUUAGUUUGGGAUUUGUGUUCAUUCAGUUAGGCUUAUUCUGUAUCUGAGAUUGUAUAUUUCUUUUCCUUCUGCUCAGUAAUUUUCAAUCUGUUGAAAAUAUGUAUGAUUUAGAAUUCAGUGAUUCCUGGAGAUGUAACUGCUUAGUUCAGUUGUACUUUGAUGUAUUUUGUAAAUGCAAAAGUUGUGCAUUUUUUCUCUUUUAUUGGGAUUAGUUCUUUCAUCUUUAUUUUUUAAAAGAACUGCUAAUAAAAAUG